AUUCCUAUUGUCGUCAUGAUAUUCAUUGUGAUUUCCUACCUUCUUCUAUUUUUAUUCUCUUAUUUUGCGCUCGUCUGGCUCAAUUAUUGGAUGACGUCAAUGCAUACUUCUGUUAACGGAUGCAAGUUUUGUGACAUUGUCAAAAAUAAAAAAGAAUUGCAAUUGAAGGAGAAUAAAAGUUGCGUAGUAAUCAACGACAUAAAGCCGAAGGCAAAAAAUCAUUACCUUGUGCUCAGCAAACAACACAUAGCGAAGCCAACGGAUCUCACUGUUGCUGAUGUUCCAUUAUUGGAAGAAAUGGAAAAAACCGGACGCGAAUUGCUCCGCGAGCAUUUGAAAAAGAAAGGCGAAGCAGACACAGUUGAGGAUAUGCUUCGAAUCGGAUUUCAUCUGCCACCUCUUCUCUCUGUUCAUCAUCUUCAUAUGCACAUUAUCUAUCCUAUCAGUGAUAUGGGUCUGAUCUCCAGAAAGCUGACAUUCCGCCCUGGAAAAGUGUUCAAACCAGCUCGUGAGCUAAUCGAUCAGCUGAAAGAAGACGCUGGUGUACCGGAUCCAUUGGAGGGAAAUCCAGCUAAGGAUGACGUUCACGAGAAAAUUCCAGCUCAAGUCAUUUCUUAAUAAUUUCCUGCCUGAUUUCUCACCAAUUUUGCUUUUGUUUUCCGGGUUCUGCGCACCUUUCCAGUUUUCGUACAUGUACACAAUGUUUAUUUACACCCGAGAGCUUCCCUAUUCUGUCCCACUCACACGCCUACUUUUUGCAUAAGAGAUAAUAAUUUUUUUGAAAUUUUAUAUUAAAAGAACAUGAACGUUUAAAAAAUUA